AGAUAAGUUCCCGUGUGAAAUUGCUUUUUCGGCGAUUGGAUUUUCAUCGAUUUUGCAAAAGGAAAACAGGUUUUAAGAGGAGAACUGAGGUGGCACACAUCGCCAACAACAACAACCAGAACCAGAGCAAAGAAUCCCAAGAAAGAGAUCCGAAGGAUACGGGAAUCUUUGGAUGCUUUGCCAAGAAGGAAGAGCAGCAGCAUAAUCCCAAAAAGAAACAAUCAGAAGGACCCAGAGAGAGUUCCAACUCGGGCAGCUAUAAAGUCCAGCAAAAGGAGCAAGAACAACAGAGGGAAUCGGAGAACGAGCAUCCAUCCAUUUACCGCCAGCAGGACGAGGAGUUUCAUCCGAUAAAAAAGGUGGAGCCCCAGAAAACCCCACCCAUAUCCAAGCAACCCCGUCCGCGGAAUACCCCAAGAUCGCAAAGUCAGCCGGCUAUUAACAACCGACGACGUCCAGGAACCCCGCCUCCUCAUACAGUCGCAGCUGGAAACGGAACCGCAAGCAGGAGCAUGACCUCCAUACCCGCCAAUCUGUCUAGCAAUAAUGUUGCUGGUGCAGCAACCUUACCAGGAGCUGCGCCACCGCCAGAGAAAUAUACGUGGCCGAACUCCAAGGAUGAUUACGAGCUGAGGGACGUCAUUGGUGUGGGUGCCACAGCCGUUGUCCAUGGGGCCUACUGUAUUCCAAGGAACGAGAAGUGCGCCAUCAAGCGCAUCAACCUGGAGAAGUGGAACACAUCGAUGGACGAGCUGCUCAAGGAGAUUCAGGCCAUGUCCUCUUGUUUUCACGAGAACGUGGUGACCUAUCACACCUCAUUUGUGGUCAGGGAAGAGCUCUGGUUGGUGCUAAGACUCCUAGAAGGCGGUUCUCUGCUGGACAUCAUCAAGCACAAGAUGCGAACGUCCAACUGCAAGCAGGGUGUCUUCGACGAAGCCACCAUUGCCACGGUACUGAAGGAAGUCCUGAAGGGAUUGGAGUACUUCCACUCGAACGGGCAAAUCCAUCGUGAUAUCAAGGCAGGCAAUAUCUUGAUUGGUGACGAUGGCACCAUUCAAAUCGCUGACUUCGGCGUGAGUGCAUGGCUGGCCACUGGCAGGGAUUUGUCCAGGCAGAAAGUGCGCCACACCUUUGUGGGCACACCGUGUUGGAUGGCUCCCGAGGUGAUGGAGCAGGAUCAUGGCUACGACUUUAAGGCGGACAUUUGGUCCUUUGGAAUAACAGCUAUCGAAAUGGCCACGGGCACUGCACCCUACCAUAAAUACCCACCCAUGAAGGUGCUAAUGCUGACCCUGCAGAAUGACCCGCCCACCUUGGACACCGGUGCGGACGAUAAAGAUCAGUAUAAGGCGUAUGGCAAGACAUUCCGCAAGAUGAUCGUCGAGUGCUUGCAAAAGGAGCCAUCGAAACGUCCCACGGCUAGUGAGCUCUUGAAGCACGCUUUCUUCAAGAAGGCCAAGGAUCGCAAGUAUCUCACCCAGACGUUGCUGCAAUCUGGGCCCAGUAUGGAGACCAGGGUUCAUAAGGCGGCGAAACGGCAGCCAGGAGCCUCGGGCCGUUUGCAUCGCACGGUGACAGGCGAAUGGGUCUGGUCCAGCGAAGAGGAGGACAAUGGUGGCUCUGCCGGCGCUUCCGGAUCAGGAGACAGAAAACACCCAUCUUCGGACUCGGAUUCUGAGGAUAGACCCAUGAACCGAUUGGAAAGGGCCGACUCCUCGGACAGCGACCGGGAAGAGCCUUCUCCCGAAAUAACCCAUAGUGUAUCCUCAGCCACAGUGACGCCUGGAGCUCCAGCUGGUGCUGGUGCUGGUGCUGCCCAAGAGCUAACAGCUGGCAUGGCUCAAUUACCACUACCUAGCGAAGCCGCCGGCGAGGCGCCACCAGUCAAUCUUGUCCUGCGCAUGCGCAACUUGCGACGUGAGCUUCACGACAUUCGCUUCGAGUUCGUGGUGGGCAAGGACACAGCCGAGGGCAUCGCUACAGAACUGGUAGACGCCGGACUCGUUGAUGCGCUGGAUACCCAACCGAUGGCAACGCAUCUGGAUCAACUGAUAGCUGCCAGUGCAACGAUGAAAACGAUUACUUUCCAAUUGAGUUCCGGCGUGCAGCCGGGCGAAGUGCCCGACGAACGAUCGCUGGUGGGAUAUGCGCAGAUCUCCAUCACGGACUAGUGAUCUGCCACGGAGCGUGCAUCACAGCCAACACAACCCAUCACAAGAGCAUCCCAAACACCAACACAUAGCACCAUCCCUAGAAAACCAAGCCAGUCUGAUGAUACGUAAGGCCAGGAGGAGGGUUCGGGAUCUGGAUUUUCCCGACUGGAGCCGUUUCUGUUUGCUGCUUUUAGCACUAGACUAGAACUAACUGUAUAUGCUAGUGAUAGAUCUUAACGCGAGCCGAUCGUUUACCACAUAGAGAAACUAUCUAUACACACGGUAUAUAUGCUAAGCAGGGUGGGUCGAUUUCAACCUAUUGGUAUAUAUACUGAUAUAUUGAUAUAUUUACUAUUCAGCUUAGUUUUUUUUUCAAUUGGUAACCCACUCGUUAACAGCUGUAGUGAUCUAAGUUAUACUACAACUUUAAUAUUAAAUACUACAAAUUGUUCUUGGGAUUUUAUAUAUACUACCCUGGAAAUCGGCCCGCCCUGGAUUUUUAUAUAUGCCUUACGUACUAUAUAAAUCCUAUGCGCAUUGUAAUUAACCCAUGUGCCCAGCCCCCUUUUCCCUCGCCCCGCUAAAGUAAUUGAAGAAUCGUGUACUUAUUCGUUUCGUUUGUCUUUAAGUAGCUCUGUACAUACACCCCACACGUAUAUAUAUAUAUAUUGUAUGUCUAUAUAUAUAUAUAUAUAGCUCUUGGUUUUAAUUAGCCCACUGAAAUCAGUAGAUCCUGAUGUAGUCCUGCCUUUAUUUAUCAUUUACCAAUCGCUCCCCCGCCAGGCGUCUUUAAUUUAUUCUCUAGCAAUUUAAACUACUAAUUUUUAAAUCGUAGCGCCUAAGUCUUGUUUUUGUUUUACUCUUAUUAUUUUGUAUUUUAUUUUACCAUUAAUUACCACUACUCUGUAUACCUACACUGUAUGAUGUAUGAGUUUCCGAUAAGAUCGCAAAGGAUGUAAACUUAAGUGAGGAGAGUAGAAAUUAUGAUUCAAGCUCUGUAGCUACCUUGAAGUAAAUCGUAAAUCAAUUACUUUAAAAAUGAAUAAUUUUAAACUUCGUAUAGUAAAAAAGGAAAAUUACAAAAAAAUAGAAACGAAAAGGAA